AUGGCGAAGAAGAAGGGAACCGCAGAGCCAGCGCAACCAACAGAUGCAAACUCAGCAGGCUCAAGCUUGAUCAUUUGCAGGAACAAGCAUUGGCGAUAUAUCUCUUCCUUCCAUGGACCAUGGCUUCAGCUACCGCCCGAGAUCCUCGACAACCUUGCUCAUCAGAACUGGACCAUGCCCCCACCUCGAUUGGUAGAUCCCGCAGUGUUCUAUGAUGUUGUCAAGAUCAGAAAGUCUGUCGACCAGGCUUCAGACGACUCGGUCCGCGCUUCAACUGGAGUCUCGAGCACUGCUAUGCAUGGCAAGAUGGACUACUUUGGCACAGGAGGCGGACACAGUACGAAGCUAAGCAAAGAGAGGAUAUUCAAGAUUCGGCAAAAGGCCGUCAAGCUUCUCAGUAAGGCUUUCCAACUUGAUGAAGUCGCCGCUAGUGUUGCGACUAUGCAAGCAACCAGCACGAUCGAGAAUGUGGGCCUCGAGGUCCUAAGACGAGAGCCGAACAGCACAGACGCUAGAUACGUUCAUUUUUUUCACGAGAAGAUUCCUUCUCGCGCUAUGGAAGAGAAUACACCCCUCGAUCCCUUGAACGACAUUAUCAACGCAUUGCCGCAGGAACACCAACCCGCACCACUACGUACUCGAGCACUUGUGCAAAUAUUUAAAAAGCAAUGGGACGGCGCAGCCUAUGACCUAUCAAUAGCUCUGCAAAUCGUGGAACAGUUGAAGAGACAACACAAGCCUAAUCAGCAGCAGCUCGAACUGGCUAGUAAGAUGAGACAAGAACAAGAAGCAUGGCAGAGAGGCUUUCGGGACUGGAAGUCGAUGCCUCCUUUGAAGGAGGAGGAUCAACCUUCGAGCUUGGAAAUGCAACUCCUGUUCAAUCGAGCCGGUGUGUACCUCACGAUCGCAUGUCAAAGCGUGCAUGAGGCUUUGGAUGGCUUGAAAGAGUAUCAGGAGGCGAGCGAGAGAGGCGAAACAAAUGGCGUUGAUGCAAAAGCUCAACAGAAGAGGCUUGACGCAAGGAAAGUGGUCAAGACCAACGCAAAGCGGGCUAUGAAAGACUAUAUUGCCUUUCUGUCUCACUUCGACUACACGCCAGGUCUACCAUUCGAACUCACCAACGAGAUCAUGCGGCGAGUGUACGAUCUAGCGAGUGGCCACAAGACCCAAUCUCAAACACAGAUGCCACUGCCGAAGAAUCGUUUGAAUGGAUUCCCGCGCUUUCCGUCACCCAAGAUAUAUCCAUCAAGCGCUUUAUUCGCCGAGAAGCCACCCCCAGAUCUUCCGCCGUUCCCAACUGCGGAAACAACCGAGGCGAUCUCUACAGAACUGCUGCGCCAUGCGCAUAAUGCAGCUCGCCUAGCCAGGAUUGCGGAUGGCUAUCCUAUCUUCCAAGCAGCCCGGAGCCCUGCUCGAGCAGACUGGAUCGAGGUACUUCGCCGUGCAAACAACUGGAUUGGACUUGGCGUAUCUUGGCAGAAGUUAUGCGCUCCAGCGCCGCUCCCGGACGCUGCUGGUGGAUGGGCCAAGGAGAAUUCCGCGAACAGUUCAAGCGCACUUGCAAGAAGAAAGAAGGCGCGCGAGGACGAGACCCCGGAGCAGAAGAAGGAGCGGGUCAAGCAAGAGUCCAUCCUCGAAGCUUUGUCAGAUGAUCGCGUGGUCGAUGAGGAGUCCUUCCAAAAAGCUGUGCGAGCUCGAGAGAAGCGUGCAAUGGAGGACGAGCAAGGUCUCUCCGGUCCUCUCAAAGACAAGCAGCAGGCCACCAUAAAAGACUCGUCGGCUUCUAAUCCUGGUUCAAGCUCAGCAUCGACAAAUGGCGACAGCGAGAACCAUCCCCCACCCAAGCGAUGGGCCCAAGACGAGAACAGUAAGGAGUAUCCCAUUAGCACAGAUCGUGCAGAGGCCAUCGCGAGAUGGAUCAGGGAGAGCCCGCUCAGCAUGGGCGGAAAGAAGAAGAAGAAGUCUAAGCGACGUGACCCUGCGACCAACGGGCUUGCGGAUAGUGUCUCCAGUCUGAGAGUGGCGGAGGAGGAAGACGGACCCGACUAA